AAGGAUCUUAAAUGGAAUCAGAAUCCUCCUUUUCUUUCUUUUUCUUUUUUUUUGGUCCAAAUUAGUAUGAGAUUCUAAAGGGCUACUUUCUUGCCUGUCUUUCUAGAGAAUCAAGGGACAUGAGAAAUGGCACGACCAUCACAGAGUUCAUCCUUCUAGGCUUUCCUGAUACCCAAGGACUACAAAUCCCUCUCUUUCUCGUGAUCUUUUGCAUCUACGUAUUAACCCUUGCAGGCAAUGGGUUCAAAAUCUCCAUUGUCUGGGCUGAGCCCAGGCUACAAAUACCAAUGUACUUCUUCCUUUGCACCUUGUCCUUCCUAGAGAUCUGGUUCCCUACCGCGGUCAUUCCCAAACUAUCAGAAACGUUUGUGGUGGCAAGAACAGCUAUCUGCAUCCCCUGCUGCUUCUUCCACUUUUUCCCGGGAACCGCCGAGUUCUUUAUCUUCAUUGUCAUGUCUUUUGACCAUUGCCUGGCCAUCUGCAAGCCCCUUCGCUACCCCACCACUAUGACCAGCAACCUCUGCCUGCAACUUGCCCUCAGCUCCUGGGUGGUAGGCUUUACCAUCGUCUUUUGUCAGAUGCUACCGCUCAUCCAGUUGCCAUUCUGUGGCGACAAUGUCAUCAACCAUUUCUACUGUGAUGUUGGUCCCAUUUUGAAAGCAGCCUGCACAGACACAAGCAUUUUGGAGCUCCCGGGUCUUUUGGCGACCGUCCAGGUGAUCCCAGGGUCACUCCUCUUCACAGCGACUUCUUAUAUCUGUAUCCUGUCCACCAUCCUACAGAUCCCUUCAGCCACUGGCCAACAGAAGAUUUUCUCGACCUGUGCCUCCCACCUGACAGCAGUCUCCCUGCUCUAUGGUGCCGUUUUGUUCACGUACCUGAGACCCACAGCACACUCUUCCUCUAAGAUUAAUAAGGUGGUGUCAGUGCCAAAUACUAUCCUGACACCCCUUCUGAAUCCCUUCAUUUGUACAAUUAGAAACAAGGAGGUGAAAGCAGCCCUAAGGAAGGCAAUGGCUUGUCCAAAGACUCAUCAUCCAGAGGAAAACAUGCGACACAUCAAAUGAACUUAAGGCAGAUACAAAAGUUAAAUGUGAAAGAGGACUGGGGAGAAGAUGAGGAUGUGAAAGCAAACUAUGAUGGUAACCUUCCGUAUAAGGAUGUGUUCCCUAUGAAUGAACCACGAGUCCUCCUUCAAAAGAAGGGACCGAAUUCUCCAACAAGGAAGUCCCAGAAUACCUUCUGAUGCAUGAAGUACCACUAAGGACUCUCUCAAUUAUAAGCUGAAAGUAGAAACCACAGAAGUCAAGGACAAGUGUCAGUAACUUUUUAAAAAAAAUGUAAGGAAUCCCGUCUCCCUCUUUGUUUACAGUAACUCCCUUCGCCUCAUCUCCU